AUUAUUAUGAUAUUCUGCAAAUAAAUUAUUAAUUUAGGAGUCGUUUUGAAAUAUGUUAUAUAACACGCAAACUAAAUUAGCGUGAUAUGAGGCUUGUAGCUUUUGUUAUUAAUAUUCUAACCUAAGAAGGAAGAAGGCGGUUAAACAUUUUGUUUAAUUUCCGAUAAAUAGAAGCAGCCGAAAAUGGAUGACCAAGCGUGCCCAAGGUGUAAAACUACCAAAUACCGGAACCCAUCUCUCAAAUUAAUGGUAAACGUCUGUGGCCAUGCCUUAUGCGAAAACUGUGUUGACUUACUGUUUCUGAAAGGUUCUGGCUCUUGUCCUGAAUGUAAUGUUCCCUUGCGCCGAAGUAACUUCCGAGUCCAGCUGUUCGAAGACUCUAUGGUCGAGAAGGAAAUGGAUAUAAGAAAGCGUGUAUUAAAAGAUUUUAAUAAGAAAGAAGAAGAUUUUCCCACAUUAAGAGCUUAUAAUGAUUAUUUAGAAGAAAUAGAAAAGAUAAUUUACAAUUUAGUGAACAAUAUAGAUGUAGUGGAAACCAAUAAACGCAUAGAACAGUAUAAAAAGGAUAAUAAAGAACUCAUCAUGAAAAAUAAAGCAAAAAUUGGACGAGAAGAGAUAGAAUUAGAAGAAAUACUCUUGAUAGAAAAGCAAAUGGAGGAUGUUCGGAGAGCAGAAAUAUUGCGUUUAGAAGAGGAAGCUAAAAAACAGAAAAUAAGAGAUAAGGAAGCUUUGAUUGAUGAAUUGAUGUUUGCUGAGGGGGAUGCUAAGGAUAUUCUCAACACAUUUGCACAGACUGUUCAGAGCAAACAGGAGGAAAUCGUGCCUGUGUUACCUAAGGUUACACAUUUCUCCACUGGUGUGAAGUUCACAAGAGGUGCCGGACAGCAACCGAUGCUGGUGAUUGAGGAGGGGCCUCUGUACAGAUAUGAAGCUCCGGAAGUGCCCGACAGAUGCGGCCCUGAUCCGCCCAGUGUACCUGAGAUUAUUAAAAAUGGGUAUCUGCAGCAUGUUAGGUCAGAGACAGAAACGGAAAAGGCCGGUGGGUACUCCUCCACCCUGCCGUGUCUCCGGGCGUUGCAGGACGCUCUGUCCGGCCUCUACCACGCCAGCUGACAGACCGACAACACCACUGUUGAGACUGUUAUUGUACUUGAUUAAAUGUUGUUUUCGUUGUAUAUAAUGCUACUUUAUUAUAAUGUCAAAUAUU